AUGGCGAUUGAAGGAGGAAACAGGAAGGGAAUCUGGGCAGAGACAGAGCCCCCAAUGGCCACUGGGCAAGAGUCUGUCGACCUGUCAAUGUGGGCAGCGACAGCAGUGGUAGUUAUGCAACUGCGAUCCAGCCUCGUCUCACCCGAGAAAAGGCCUGGCUACAACUCUGGCACGACUGUUGAGCUGGUGCAGGUGGCAUGCACGCCAAAGCGAACUAGAGCCGUCGCAAGUUACGUGUCAAUGCCAGAGCUCUUCAUUUUAAUCCAGGACCCUCUUAACCCUGGCUGGCUUUGGCUAUCGGCUCGAGAGCGACAAUUCCCCUGUCGUGCUCACUGCCAGCGUGGCACGUGCAAGGAACGACAGAUGAAGCAAUCAUGGUGA